CUACAAAUAAUAUUAGGGCAUAAAUAGUUACUGAUCCGAAUUUGGUGAAUGUGCUGCAGGGUUGGGCAAAGGUGUUGAAAGCAGCGGCGAAACAUUUCAAGAAAAGCAAGAAGAAACCUCAAAUAAAGUGACUUUUCCUCGUAUUUGUAUUUUACCAAUAUGACAUUUUGUGCAUUUCGUAAUUCGUAUUGGUGCUUUUCAAGCUUGAUUAAUUUUGGAUUAAUGAAAAAUGACAAAUGCCCAAUAGAGAAAUGACUAUUGUAUAUCCGGGAACAAAUAAACAAAAAAUUUUGUAAUUUUUGAAAAGAUCAUGUCAGGAAUGAUUUGCGCCGGACCUUGCUUCGGCACCGGUGGCAACUGCUCCGUACUUACUUCAAAUUACAAAUUUGGGCCGCCGCUCUCCUCCCUUCCCAUUCACCGGCUAAGGCGGGGGGGCUAUCGGUUAUCGCCUGGCAGCGUCGGCUGUGGACGGCGAAAUGGCAGAAUUCACAGUGCGAAUGAGUGGUAUGUGGGCCGGAGCUCCGUCCCGGCCAUUUCCGCCGUCGCGAACUCCGAGGACUCUAAGGCGGCGAAGCUUCGUAAAAUCCUAGAGUCGCCGGGGAUUCAUCUCGGUCCUGCCUGCUUCAAUGCUCUCAGCGCUAAGCUCGUGGAGAGAGCCGGCUUUAAUUUCGGAUUCACCACUGGGUUUGGAAUAUCUGCUGCUCAGUUGGGCUUACCAUACACGGGGCUAAUGUCUUAUGGGGAGAUGGUGGCUGUGGGACAAGAAAUUACACAAGCUGUCACCAUACCCUUAAUUGGAGAUGGAGACAAUGGGUAUGGUAAUGCCAUGAAUGUCAAGAGAACUAUCAAAGGGUAUAUUCGUGCGGGCUAUGCGGGAAUACUUCUUGAAGAUCAGGUCUCUCCAAAAGCUUGUGGUCAUACACGCGGCAGGAAAGUUGUGUCCAGAGAGGAAGCAGUCAUGAGGAUCAAAGCUGCCGUUGAUGCUCGGGCAGAGUGUGGAGCAGACAUCGUGAUUGUAGCACGUAGUGAUUCACGUCAAGCAAUCUCUUUUGAAGAAUCACUUUGGAGGUCACGUGCUUUUGCUGAUGCGGGGGCUGAUGUUCUGUUCAUUGAUGCUCUUGCAUCAAAAGAAGAGAUGAAAUCGUUCUGUGAAAUUUCUCCAUCAGUUCCGAAGAUGGCCAACAUGCUUGAAGGUGGAGGAAAAACACCAAUACUCACUCCAGCUGAACUUGAGGAUAUCGGUUUCAAAAUAGUAGCAUAUCCACUUUCCUUAUUAGCGGUAUCUGUUGGUGCAAUGCAGGAUGCGUUGACAGCCAUUAAAAGUGGUCGUUUGCCUUCACCUGGAAGCAUGCCUUCAUUUGAAGAAAUGAAAGAGAUACUCGGUUUUAACACCUACUAUGAAGACGAGAAGCGCUAUUCAAUUAGCACCAGCCAGCUCUCUUCGCAGAAAGGUUCUCUGUCAGAUGAAUGCGACUAUGGUGCUUCACACAAUGUCGAAAAUGAUUCAGAAGUAACAGAACUGAUUAGUCAAAGAGCAGCGGAUGAGGUGGUUGAAGUAUUAACUCCCGAGGUAUCUAAUCCCUAUAAUAGAGAUAGUUCAGGAGGAUCUUUCUCAAGGAUGUGGUCUCGAAAGUUGAGAGUUAAAAUUACAGGAAGAGAUGGAUCUGACAAACUUGAUAUAAGAAUUCCGGUUCUUAAGGCUGGAUUUUUGGAAGGAAUCACAAACAUAGUCCCAGCACUAGUGGGGGUGAACUUGAAGGACCUUUUGGAGAAUACCAUUUUUGAAGAUGGAGGGAAGCAGUUGUUAGAUUUCAAGGAUACAAUGGGUGACAGGAUUCAAGUUUUCUUGGAGUAAGCGAACCGGAGUGACUAAUAUGGUUCUGAAAAUCGAACCAGUAAGUUGAAAUUGUAAUCUUAAACUUGUAUAUAAACAUAAAGAAACCAUGCCGAGUAAGGCCCCGUUUGGCAUUAGAUUCGGUGCAUUCAAGGAUAGCUUCUAACUUUGAUAUUUUCAAAGUUAAUACGGAGUAUGUACUAUGAAAUUUAUAAUUUGUAAUCAAAGUUUCUAAAUUUU